CACACACACACACACACACACACACACACACACACACACACACACACACACAUACACAAACACUGCAUUAUUUCCUAUCUUUAGUAUAUUUUCACUGAUGAAAACAAUCCCCUUUUUGAGCGCACAGUAACUGAUGCCAUCUUGUUCCGAGGGAAUAACUAACUGAAGCGUUGCUCUACACACUGGACAGGAGUCACUUGGCACAGUUACUUACUUGUAUGGUGGGCUACUUCUGACACGCAUACAAAAAACAAUCUAUACCAUCUCUGUGAUUAACUUAUGCCAUCUGGCAGUAUAACGCAACCCUCCUUCCACCCCAUUUUUCUCUCUUCUUUUCAUCCCAUUUUGCUGCUAAUGCAUCAACAAGCACCUUUUACCACGUGGUUACAUCCUUUUCUUGCUUUUGUUUAGAACUGCAGUAUUCCUGUUACGUAGGAUAAGGAUAGUUUAGGACACAAAGGGAUCUUUUCUUUACAAACUUACCGAUUACUCUCCCUCCCUUUAAAUAUCUUCUUUCUGAUGGUUUGAUCUUGCAGCCCUAAUCACUGCCCUCUGUGUAUAUAACAUAGUUUAUAAAAACCUCCCUACACUUCAGUGAAUUGCAGAAUGAUAUUUUUUUCCUCUUCUUUUUCUUGUCCUUGGAGUAUUUCAUCUACUUUAAUUCAGUUUUCUUUUGAAAUAUUACAACAGCUUGUGUUUCUCUACAGUGACUAAAUGAUGUGCAGCUAUUGUUUUUACUUUUCAGAGAGACUCAAUUGUAUCCAGCUAGACUGUGGCAUGAAUUUCAAAGAAAUAGUAAAAGAAAUAAAAAAAAUAAUCUGACAGAAAAUAACAACAUAUUUAGGUAUGAAUGUAGAUUAAUAUCCAUUUUUCAUGUUUACUGAGAGUAUGACUGCAAACAUGAGAGGGCUAGCGUUGCCUUAUGUAAAGAUGGAAGCCCUACAGACACAGACUGUGACCUAUGGGCUUAGAUUAAUUAGUUCCGACCUGUGACACCUGAGCCAAUCCGGAACUUGAUCUAUUAGACCCAGCAGCCGGCAGUAGAAUAUGGAACACUACAUUAGUUCUGAUUCAGUGCUGUGGGCUUCAGUCGAGUUUAGACUCAGGCGCUUACCUGCGUUUGGCUGGAAUGGCCUGCUGUAAGUAAACCAGUGCCAUGCAAGCCUGCCCCCUGACUUGGGACAAUAGUAAUACUUCAGAGGGUCUGAAUGAAAAUCAGAAAUGACCCUGAAACCACACUCUAGCUCACAUACACGUGGAAGCUUCAACGGUGGAGCCAGGCAAUAGGGCAGGCUUGCACAUUUCUCCUUGGUCUUGGUGUACCACCUUAUAUCAAGAACCAGACGGGGUAGACGUGGCUAGGCCCACAGGAAUGAAUUUCAGGAGCUUCACCCUUCCCAGAUUAUCAUGGCUAAGACCCUCACUGUCACAAGUGUAAGAUUCUAGUUAACCAUAUUUAAAUGCUAGCUCACAAGUCACAUAAUCACUAUUCGAUCACCAUAGUGUUCUCUGUGCCUGCCGUGUCCUUCCAUGCCAAGAUGGCGUGGAGCUUCUUAGCCACUUAGAGCUACAGCUACUGUAGCGGGGGACUGUGACUGAACCCAUAGGCGCACCAUAUGUGGCCAGGUACAGAUGUUAUCGGAUGGUGAACCCCAGGUAGCUCAUGAGAUUGAUUCAGCUCUUCUCCAGUGUGAGGGGACUAUGUUUGUGCAUCAUGCCUGCGCUAAUCCACCCUGUAUCACACUGUUACUCCAUGUGCUUUCAUGGGCACCCAACUUGUGCCAGGAGACAUAACUUUUGCAUUCACACACAAGCGCACUGUCACACAGGAUCAUUUGAAGUUGUUCUUUUUUUUAUGUGAUAGUGUGUUGGUAAGGAUCGAAAUAAAGGAUGUUGAAUACAGCUGACUGGAGUGAGUGAUCUGUGAGUGGUCUUCCUGCUAGUCUUGUCUUCACCUUAAUCCGUACACAGAACAGAACGGAAGUAUAUCCAUCUUGUGAGUUUGAGACAUGUAUUGUUGCCAUUUAAAGGUGUCAUUUGUAGUUUUUUUUGUCUUCAAUAAUGUUAAAUACAUUUUUCCAGGCCCACUAUAAUGAACAAUCAUUGAACAAACAGUAAACAGAUCACAUUUCCCAAUGUAUUGAUUCUUUGUUUCUAUUGUUUAUGCAUGUAUCUUCAUUUGCUGAUAUAGAAUGUUUUAAAGAGAUGCAAUAAAAACUCAAACAGUCAGUCAAGGCUGACAGAAUAACCACUACUAUUUUAGGGGGAUAUUAUUGUAUUGAAGCUAUGCUUUCAUAGUUACAUUAUUAUCGCAAAUGUAGAAAUACUUUUGUUUUGGACAGCAAUACAACACAGCAAGAAAAGACAGAUGCUGUGCCUCUAGAAUGCCACUUCACUUGUCUGUCGAUAGGGUGCAGUCUAGGCCUCAUCUCUCAACAGGCGGUCUCUUUGGUGGCCCCGAGACGGUAUCAGGUUUAGAGUUAAAAGAGAGGGGGGCUCAAACUAGUGGAAGUCUUCGAGGAAGGAAAGUGACGUUGAGCGUGCGGUUACAUGGUAAUAUAGUGGUAGGACAGAAACAUACGGUAGCGGUAGAAUAGUGAACUCAGUCAUUCAGCUGUGUAGUAGUCUAGAGCUACAGAUACGGCUACGGCGAUGACUUCUGGAGGAGAGCGAGGCGACUUUGGUGGAAAGCUUUGAACUGUUCGCAAGGAUGGACAAACAAAAAGUUCUUGCACGGCUCCUGUCAGACCUGCAGACGUUCCUGUCGGUUCUAGACAACGAGAACCUCAGCUACAUCGCCCAGGCCCAGAAGAAAUCCAUCUCCGAGUUGCUCGCCAAACUGCAGGACAAGGAGCCAGCUGUUGAAGAUGCUGAAUACAUGAUCAUGAACUGCCCAUCAGGUGCUCCUAACAAUGAUCUCAGGGAAAAGCCGUGUUCAGCUGGUGCUGAAGUGGACUCCUCAGAAGAGCUCCGAUCGUCCUCCUCUACAGAGUGGCUUCGGUCAGGGUCUGUGGGUCCACCCGUGCCUCCUCUCCCUCCUAAAGAUCCUGAGGAAGAGGACUGCUAUGAAGAAGCUGAGCCAUUUGUCCCAGCCAUUCACAGCACAGAUAAAGUGGACUCGGACAGCAGCCACUAUGAGUCAUACGGUGAGGAAGAGGAUGGGGACCUGGUGAAGGACAGGGCCCACUACAUCCAGUGGAGUGCCUCACAGCCCUGUUUGCGGCCCCUGCCUGAGUCACGUAUUUGCGGAUACCUGUGGAGGAGGAAGAAGUGGUUGGGCCAAUGGACGCGCCAGCUCUUCAUCAUCAAACACAACCUGCUGCUGUGCUACAAGUGUGCUAAGGAUCUGAACCCGCUGCUGGAGCUGAACCUGCUGGGCUGCCAGGUGGUGUACAAGUCCAGACACAGCAAGAAGAUGCAGCACGAGCUGAAGGUGGUGGCCGGAUCCGACAUGGUGAUCAUGGGUUUCCAGAGCUGCCAACAGGCCGAGGAGUGGAGGAAGAUCAUUGAAGAGGUUAGUGGCUCCAGCUACUGUGAGCCCGAGUCCCACGGCUCCUCGUCCCUGCUGAAGUCUGACAGGCUGGACUCCUGCAGGUCAAGUACUGUCCUGCACACAGACUCAGAUGAGGACAGGCUCUCUGCUCUGCCUUCAGCACCCAGCCCGGAGGAGAGCAAGGACAGAGCUGGCUUCCUGAAUGUGCUGAUGAACUGCCAGUGGCAGAGCCUGUGGUGCCGUGUGGAGGACGGUAUGCUGAAGAUGUUCCGUGAGGAGGAGGCCGCCGACGCCGGCAGCAGCCCCCAGUACAGCGUGCAGCUGCGCGGGGCCCAGGUGCAGCCUGGCCCCGACACCGCCUCCAGCUACCGCAUCAGCCUGCUGCAGCACGGGGACCAGGUGGCCGUACUGGAGGCUAGUUGCUCUGAUGAGAAAGAGCAGUGGGUUCAACUCCUGCAGGAUGGGAGUGUUCCACAGGGUCAGAGCACAGCCGACCCCUACCAUCAUCACACCAGCCAUGAGUCCCUGCCGCUGAGUGGGCUGAAGACACGAAGGUUCCCCACCUCUAACAUGUAUAUGGACGACCCCUUCCAGCAGCUCGGCUCAGUCCACUCUCAACCUAUCUACUCUAACACAUGUAUACUAGAGCACAUGUUUCAGAACUCCCAUGGCGGAGGAAACGGAGACUGUGUGUCAUCCAGGAACUCGGUGAACUACGGCAACACUGAGGUCUUCAGUAACCACAGUCAGGGAGUGUGUGAGGUAGAGCGGGGUGUUCAGAAGCUGGACCUGACAGGGAAGAGACGUGUACAGCUCCGAGCAGGGUCAGAGGUCAACCUCUUCAAUGCAGGGAAGCCAGCCAAACGCACGUCCUUCAGACAGUCCCUGGCCUUCUGCACUGAGAGAGUGCAGGGAGGUUUCUUUAGUCCACUGCUGAGGAGAACUGCCUCUGCGAAAAACUCCCUGAAACAUGCUCCAUCUUCUCUUUUCAUAGAACACGGCAAAGUCUUCCAGAAGAGAAAGGAGUGGGAAACAAAGGCCUCUGUUUGACCUCCUCUUGCCCUACCUAGAACUCACUUUGUACACAUUCCCCAUUAGAGCAGUACAUAUUGCACUGGACAUAUUAUUACUGUGCAUGUGGAUCAUGCAUUUAGGAUUUGUGUGGGUUUGUUUGUUUGUUUUGAUUUGGGUUUGGUUUAAUCUUUCAUUAUUUUUUACGGUUCAAUUGGUACUUUAAUUAUAUAUCACAGACACUCUAUCUCUGUCCCUCUCUCUGUUCCCUUUCAGUUCUCCUACAGUCCCUCCAUACAUCCUUCCAUAAACCCCUACAUGUAAUGUCUGAUUUUUGUCAAAGCCGUUUUUGCUGUGAAAUCAUAGCCAGUUAUGUCAGAGCUCCACCAUUGUUUCGUUUUGUUUUGAAUAUAUGAUGUAAUGAACAUGUCAAUUUGGUAAAUAACUUUGCAAUUCAGGUCGGUCAUUAUCAGGUAUGUCUCACUGGUGUUACACGUCUUAAUUUUUUAAAGUACAGUAUAUCAAUGCAUUUUGACUUUGCACUGCUAUGACCUAGAGUGGAAAUACAUAUUUAUGAUUAUGACGGAAAAAAAAACAUGAGAAAUCAGGAAGUAGAAUAUGAGUGUAAAAAUUAAGUGGAAAUGAUUGCGGAGCAGUUACCUCUUUAUUUCAUUUUUUUUUAUCUAAACUCUGUGGUGUAAUUUAUCUGACUUACAGCAACACAGUGCACAUAUUUUUAUAUAAUGACCUUUCUAUUGAAAUGUCUUUUUUAAAUGAACUAUAUUAUUAUUACUUCACUGAAAUGAUCACCACUGAAAUGAACUCAGAACUGCUCAAGUGUUUCUACCAUGGGAACAUUAGCUGCCACACAAGGAGAUGAUGUAUGUAGAGUAUGUAUGUUCUGGUUGGGCUAAUCUGUAAUAUUAUUUGUUGUAUAAACUGAUGACUUUGUGUUUUCGUUUUUGUUUUGUUUUUUCAAAAGAAGGUGCAUACACUAACUUGGCAUAUUUGUAUUGUUAAAUAAAAUAAACCAAUGCUGGAUGAAGCAAA